AUGGUCAAUGACUGGGUCCCCAUUAUCUGUGCUUCUGACUUUUACAGGCUGCACAAAGACUACACAGCAUCCGCGGCGGAAAAAUCCACCUGUCACCUGUUCGGCAGGGCCAAGAGACCCUCGCAAGCUCCCUGCCUCGACCACAACUGCAGGGCUGGAGGCUGCACGAACCGAAAACGAGAACUACACCGCGAGUUCCGAGAGGCCGUGUAUUCACAGCGGGGCUUGCUCCUCACUUCAAGGAAGGCUGCAGAAAACCAAGAUCGGAAAGGGAAGGACGGUGUCCCCCAGACCAACACACAAUUUCUCCCUGUCCCAAAGUCAUCUUUACUCGGAUCCCGGCUCCCCGAAAGGACUUCUGCCUCCCCCGCCGCCGGCGCACACACGCCCGCGGGCAGGCACAGCGGUCCCCCACUCCCGGUCAGCCCCUGCCUGCCGCGAGCUCCCCCGGCGCCCGGUUCCCAGGACCCCCUCCCCCGCCGCACCGACGCCCCGAGCCAGGCCCGGCCCGAUGCUCCCCACCCCCACCGGUGCGCAGGACUUGGGGGGCCUCCCUCUGCCUCGCCACUGGGGGAAGGACAGGGGCGGAGGGAGGAAGAGGGCGAAGAAGGCGCGGGCGCCCCGCGAGGGCCUCGCGAGUCGGCGGAGCCCCUGCCCGGGAAGGGGAGGUGCGGGGGGCGGAGAGGAGCGCCGCGCGGGGGACCCCGCCGAGGCCCGGCAGCGCCGUCCGCUUACCCUUCGCCGCCGCUUCCCCCUCCUCCUCCUCGGCCGCCGCUGCCUCUCCCACUAGGGCAGCCGUCUCCGCCGUCGCCGCCAGCGCCGCCGCCGCCUCCGAGAAUAGGAAGAACCCACAGGAAAUUGGGCUGUCUGGCAAAACCCACUGUGACCAUCAGUAAAAAUCGAGAUGUGAUCACUAUAAGAAACAAAAACAUCUUUAAAAAUAAUGAGAUCUCCUUUAUGAGGAAACCACAUGAGAUGGCCAUAAAACCAAGGAUGGAAACCUUAGAAAGCACCUCCCUGAUUCAAGUUCAAAACUGGGAUGGAUGAAAGACCACCACUGGCAAAAAGUUACUGGAUGGGAAAAUGGAAAUGGACAGUCCUGAACCAUAUUACUUAACACUGACAUUGGAAGGAGAAUAA